UCUAUACUGAUGUGAGCUUGCGCUCCCAGAGGUAUAUUUUUAUAUAUUUUAUUUUUAUAGGCUAGUGCCAAACUUAUUAUUUCUACUUCCGCUUUUUGUGUAUAAAAAGUGAUGCCACGCUGUUUUAAAACAGUUCAGUGUACAGUUGACCAGUGGUCAGUACCAUAUCUGUCUGUGUGACAGCUGAAGAUAUUUGUGGUCUGUCGUCUAAUUAUAUUUUUAUUCCUGUACCUGGGACGGCCUGCUAUUAUUACUGCUGUGUUGCUGCUUUUAACUGCUGCUUUGAGCUGCUGUUUAUAACUACUGUUGUUAGAUCUAUUCUAAUUCUAGAGAAGCUAGAAUCUAGUGUUAUUUUGUUUCUUUUUAUGCCUUGCCUUGAUAAACUUAGUUAUAUUUAUAGUCUGUUUCUCAGUUCUGUUCUUAGUGAAUAGUAAGGUACUGAGCCUAAGGAUUUAUAAGAUAUUCUUGUUUUAGUGUUAGUGUUAUGAGUGUAAUAGUAGGAUAUUGUAGAUCUAGACUAGUUUAUUGUAGUGUGUUUGUGUAGAUCUAGGUCUAGUGUAGUAGUUGUAGUGAUUUAGUUAGAUAGUUGGUUUGGUUAGUUUGUUAGUGUUUGUUGUGGUGUAGAUUUAGUUUAUAGUGGUUAGUGUAUAUAUUAUAUUUUAUUAUUAUUUGAUUCCAUGUAAAUAAAGUUUCUUUUUGUUUUAUUUAUCGUAAACUAAAGUUUGUUAUUGCUUUCUUUUAGUUAGUUUAGUUUAGUCUAGUUGUCUGGUUACUUAGGUGACUCUAGCCCCUUGGUCGCAGACUGAGGUGUCACAGAUUGAGCCCACCCAGUAGCGCAAACAUCUGCCUACUGUUGGUAAAUUUUAAUGUUGAGCAGCAGAGAAUAGGAUCUCUCUAUCCACUUGCGCCUGCCUGACCUGCUCACAUUUUUGGUGUCAGAAGUGGGAUCUGUGCUUGAGUGACCAGACUUGUAUUUUUUAUUGGGAUAGAUUAGGUUUUUGUACGAGUUUAGGCAGUGAUAGGAAGUAGUGAUAGUGUAUAGUUCAGUUUUUCUUUGGGCGUUUGUUAGAGAGGUUAUUAGGCUUUAGUUUUGUUGAGUAGUUACGUAGAUGAACAGCGAGGCAGCAGCAAGAAUGCAGCCGUCUCAGACAGUGAUUGUAGUACCAAGGACAGAGAUGAGUAUCCGGCGCUUCCAUGGUGAUGGUCCUGCCAGGGAAAUUGAAGAGUUCCUUCAAAAUGUUGAGAGAACUUGGAAGUCUCAACACAUGGUGCAUCCAGAGGAGAAAUGUGACUUCCUCUUUGCACAUCUAGGUGAGGCAGUGAAGGCCGAACUUAGGUGUCACCCUCAGACGACAAGGGCAUGCCCAGAUGCCCUUGUGCAAGUUCUACGCUCCACUUAUGGAGAAAGGCGGAGCAUCAACUGCCUCAUUGGACAGCUGUUCCGAAUAAGCCAGCACCAGUAUGAGUCUGUCCGCGCAUACUCACACCGUCUCCUUCAAGCAUUUGAAGCACUCACAGACAGGCAGAGAGCUCUAUCUGAAACUCCUUUCAGCGAGUCUAUCCUGAGGGACCAGUUUGUAGAAAACCUCAGUGACAGGACCCUAAGGAGAGACCUGCGAGAGAGACUGAUCGACAGGCCAGAAACUGAAUUCCUGGCGUUAAGAGACAUGGCCAUCAGGUGGGCCCAGGACGAGGAUGUCGCACCGCAAGUCAACGUCACAUGCAGUGAGAUAAAGAUUGAAGGCCAGCUAGCUGCGCUCUCCAAGCAAGUGGAGGAGCUUGCAGCCCAGAUUGUGCUCCUACAACUUUCGGGACAACAGAACUCUAACUGUCCCCACUGCAACCACCAUCAACCUGAUCACAUUAGCGGCAAGGUGAGACAGAUUGCCUCACAACCAAAGCGCACUCUUAACCAUAAGAGGCCAGCGACGAAGAACAGGAAAUGCUACACAUGUGGCAAACCUGGCCAUCUUGCAAGAAAUUGCAGGCUGCAGAACAGGUUCCAAGGUCAGCGAAAGAAGCCAGGGAACCGGGCUCACCAGCAACACCCUUCUAGAAGCAACUGCUCGAAUUGUGGAAGCCGGGACCACUUCACCCGAGCUUGCCCUGAUGUCACUGCAGUAGUGAAUCACGUUCAGGUUGCCUCAGUGGAACAACCACAGGCAGUACAACUGCAACCUGCCCCCAAGCCAACAGAAUUGUCGGUUGAGGUGCCACAGAAUCCUAGGCGAUCCAACACUGCUCCUGAUUCAAUUGUUCGCAGAAACCAACCCGCAGUGGCAGAAAUGAUGUCGAUUCAUUCAGAAGUUGCCUCACCUGACACUUCCAGUAAUCAUGCAGAAGGAGGUAGGGAAACAAAUCCUUUCCUACAGUUUCAUCCGGUCCAACCAGAAUCCACCUUGCUUUCCCAUGAGGUUCCUGAGUUGCAGAAGAAAAGGAACGACCUUCUGAACAUUGGGUGCAGAGUUCUUGUCGAACAGAGAGUCAGAGGCCAGGGAAGAAUGUUCAUGCAGUAUGAACCCUCUUGUUUCGUAAUUACUGCAGUACCCAAGUAUGCUUCUGGCUGGUACAUGGUAGAAGCAGAAGACGGCAGUACUUACCGAUAUGUAAGAGAGGAGGAAAUGAAGUUUGUUUCCUCACCAUACUAGCAUAAUUCUUCAUUUGUAUAUUUGUAAUUUUUAUUUAAUAUGUUGGUUGCAUUCCAAUGUAUCAAAAUGUAUUCGUUUGUAACAACUCUAUGAGUACAUGUUAUCUACAUGUGUAUUUAAAAGCUUUUUUUUUUAAAGCUUAGUUGCUGUACCUAUUUGAGAAUGUACAGAAUCAAGAGUACUUUUUUGUGUUUUAGCUGAUGAAGUGUAUAUAUUUUUUUUGCUUUUGUCCUUGUAAAGCAAUGUAAUCUAAGUCAUGUCAUGGAGAUGUAUAUUUUUGUGUGAAAUAGAUUUUAGUGUGUAUUUUCUUUGAUGGUAGAAUAUGUCAGCAGUAUGUAUGUAAUGCAUUUUAAGUAGUUUGUUAGUAUUUUGUUUUGCGAGGACGCAAAAAUUUAAGGCGGGAUGAAUGUGAGCUUGCGCUCCCAGAGGUAUAUUUUUAUAUAUUUUAUUUUUAUAGGCUAGUGCCAAACUUAUUAUUUCUACUUCCGCUUUUUGUGUAUAAAAAGUGAUGCCACGCUGUUUUAAAACAGUUCAGUGUACAGUUGACCAGUGGUCAGUACCAUAUCUGUCUGUGUGACAGCUGAAGAUAUUUGUGGUCUGUCGUCUAAUUAUAUUUUUAUUCCUGUACCUGGGACGGCCUGUAAGUGUAGAAAUAUUUUAUAUUUUUUACUAGAUCUAUACUAUGUGUAAAGUAAUUAUUUUAUUUUCUACUUGUACUAUUUGUCAUAAUAGUUGGCAACAUGCUGUACGGAAGAUGGCGGCGUCCAUCAGUCCUAAUAGAAUAUAGAUCUAAUAUAGUUUUGCAUUUAUGUUUUGCAGGCUAUUAUUACUGCUGUGUUGCUGCUUUUAACUGCUGCUUUGAGCUGCUGUUUAUAACUACUGUUGUUAGAUCUAUUCUAAUUCUAGAGAAGCUAGAAUCUAGUGUUAUUUUGUUUCUUUUUAUGCCUUGCCUUGGUAAACUUAGUUAUAUUUAUAGUCUGUUUCUCAGUUCUGUUCUUAGUGAAUAGUAAGGUACUGAGCCUAAGGAUUUAUAAGAUAUUCUUGUUUUAGUGUUAGUGUUAUGAGUGUAAUAGUAGGAUAUUGUAGAUCUAGACUAGUUUAUUGUAGUGUGUUUGUGUAGA